GAAAAAUUUUACUUUGGAGUUGAAGACCGUAUGAAAAAUAAAGCGGCACCAGAGAUCCUGCUGGGCAGCUUUCGACGUCGUAUCUUCGUGCAGCCACCACGACGACCUUGGCGAACGACAUAAAAUGAAUUUUAUCACACGAUGAAUAAAAGCUUUUGAAGAUUCUUAUUUCGCGUUUUCCACGAGUCUAUUCAACAACACGGAGUUUUUACUUUCGAUUAGGUUCUCUGACUUCGUUGUCGAAGUAGCCCGCUUUAUUUCACAAAAAUCUUCACGACAUAUUUUUGUUUUUUAAAAACUAUUUCUUUCUGUUUUCGAAGUUUUUGUUUUCCUAUAUAAAUCAGUAAUCGACGAACUGUGAAUAACUUCUCAACAUUGUGUGGGCACUUAUUUUUUACCCUUUCGAAUUAUUAUAGCAUAUUUGGCCCAGCAUGAUGUUUUAUGUCACAGGUUCAAAUACCGCAGCAGGAAAGGGUGUCCAUAGUUCUGUCCUCUUUUCGGUGGUUGUUGGAUACAUUUUGUUAUCUUGGACGGACACAUCAACCUUCCUCGCAUUGGGGAACAAACUGAGCAAAAACGUUCCCGGUGCAGCCACUAGUACCGGCGACUCAGGAGAAGGAAGUGGUUUUCAGGCAGCGGCAGACCUCUCGUCCCCCAACUUGAACGCAAACGGUUUUCUUACCACCACGGUGUAUAGCGAUGGUGCUGCUGGAGGUGCGGAAGCUGGUUCGAGUCGUGAACAGCAGGGCGAAAACCCAGAGGGAACUACUGAUGUUGAGAGUCGCAACACGCAAUCUUUCCACCGAGGUCCAGGCGACUCUAAUGUUCUUGACGACAACGUGGGAGACGGAGAUAGUGCGGGGGGCGCCCAUUGGGCCGCGGGCCAGCGUACAAGUCCCAGAAAGAUGGGGGGCGAUGCUGAUGCACUUGGUGGGAGUAUCGAAAUUGGGUCUACUUCCAUCUCUCCCCCAGGGAGCGAACGAGUACCUGUUAAUACGGGACAUGAAGAAACUGCUCUUGCGUUGGUUCCGCCGGACAUCCACGACCUGCUCCGGGACACUGUCGAGCCGUUGUCGAGUGCCGCCGCCGGCGCAGGAGAGGCAGAUCAUGCUCCUGCACCGGAAAGCAAGCUCCUUGCGACUGUUCAGACGACGUUCCUAGCCGAGGACGAGGUUGGCCUGCCAAACGUCGGCAAUACCUGCUGGCUGAAUUCUUUCUUGCAGGCUUUUCUCCGGCUUCGGAGCGUCGAGCAGUUGCUCGAGACUGAAUACUGCUUCAACGUGAAACCGCAGCUAAAGGAACUGAUCGUGACCUCGGCCUCCACCACCACGACCACCGCGGCACUACUUGAUAAAAACGACAUGGUUGCCCAUGUGGAUGCGCCUCUGCAGAUGCAGUCUCUUAACGUCCACACAACUGCUGUGAAAGGUUGCCAGCCGGCCGUCGAUCAAGCAGCCCACCUGAAAAGCGAUCAUGUUUAUUCUGGUGGAACAAGCAAAACGACCGCUUCCGGAUCAGGAUCUUGUAGCUCUACCGAAGAUGCGUCUACACCCACUUCUGCCAGGACGGAAACUCCCCCGCAUGACGAACAAGCUUUUCUUGUGCACGAAGGAGAAGAACAUGGAGCCGAGAUGAAGCCUGCCCCCGUGGCUGGUCAGCACGCUGCCAAGCCAGACGCGUCAAUAGGCGAAGGUCUGGGAAGUACAGCUGCGCCUCCGCUGGUGAAUGAGAUCGACGUACAGCGGCAAGGGCUGGUGUCGCGUUUUUGCGACGUCUACAUACUAAGUGGAACUUUCUAGGAAUGAGGAAAUUUUGAAUAAAUUGCCCCCCCUUCGAAUUCUCUUCCGACUGUAGCAGCUUUUCGUAGCUGUGUUUGGCUGGCGUGGCGCGCCAGCAUUUGUUUGUUGUAUUCGAAAAUGGAAAGGGGAAGCGACUGCGUCAGAGUUCAGACGCAUUGCCGCGCAGUGAAAUCACCAAAGCAGGCUGGCGGCUUUUCGGGUGCCACUCACCUCGAUAGCCAACCAGCCAUCGCCGGAGGCUCAACACACACCCACAAAGCCGCGCUUCAUCUGAAUAACGGCAGCGAUCUCUACAUGUGCAUCGCAGUCAGAGCAGCGCGCUAAGGUGGCAGGUCUUUGAGGUCUCUGGGCCUAUUCUACCGAACACCAGCCCCCCGGCAAUCCCCUAGUGGGGAUCCCAACCUAACGCGGCAGCCCUGAAAGGGGCCAGUGGGGUCGGACGCGUGGCCUAGCCGUCUUGAGGAGGUGCGGAAACAUUUGAAAAGAAAGGCGGAGGACUACCCCGGCGCCCUCAAGUGCGGCGGCCGGGUUUUGGCGGGGUGCCCCAACAAAGGUCGCGCCCGAGGGCUCAGCCCCGCGUUGAUUUUUUUGCUAUUUCUUCCAUGCUUCAAAUAGCGCUCUGCGCUUUCCGCUCGUGAUUCAAUUUCCGAGGAAAAUGCCGAAGGGGGGGUCGCGGGGGGGCCGGAUUGGGCCUCCGGAGGGCCCCCUCUGAAGGGGGCCAAAAUCGCCCCCGUGCCAUCGUGAUUCAAUUUCCGAGGAAAAUGGCGAAGAGGGGGGGGAGGGCAAGGGGGAGGGGCCGGGGGGGCUCUGAGUUUUCCUCGGAAAUUGAAUCGCGACGGUAUGGCGCCGCUUUUUGCCUUGUUUCGAGGCGAGUCUGGGGCCUGGUCUGUUUUGCUGGCUUUCCCGGGCUCCCUUUUUUGGGUAGCGAGCGCGGCAGCAAAACACGCCCGAAGCGAGGCCAAAACCACCACCAUAGCACCGCGAUUCAAUUUCCGAGGAAAAUUUCGAGUCCGGCGCGAAAUGCCCGCAAGUUGAAGGCGUUAGGAGCAAAGACGCGGCAGGUUGAUUCACGGUGGGAAGCUGUCGACGGCGUGGGAUGUUUGGCGCGGUUCGGUAAGGGGGUACACCUGCCCCGCUAUAGAGUGUUUAUUUGUAGCGCAUGGCGUCCAUGGGUAGGAAGGUCCAUGGCGCCUGAGGUUUUGGCUUAAUAGUUUUGAGAAUGAUGCGCGUGUGUGGAGGCGCCACCGUUCGGAGAGCCAUGCGUUGUCUUUUUGAUGCAGCCGCGAUACAGGCCAUUAUAUGCGAGCCGCGGAUGACUCUCCAGGCUCGGCUACCGCAGUUGUCCGCGGGGCUCUUCGAGCUCUUCUUGCGCAGCGGUAUUCGCAAAUGGGCCGGCACGGGGCCGCGACCUGAUAUCUCCACCUGCCUACUUUCAUCUGGGGAUUGAAAUUUUUCGAAUUUUCCUCAUUCCUAGAAACUUCCGCUUAGUACUACAAGGGCCUGCUUUACGACAAGAAGGUAUCCCGGACGCAGAUGGAAGAACUAAGUACGGGGGUUUCCUUCUUGUUGAUUUCCUCUCAAGAAGACGACGGUGCCGCGGACGGGCACCAUCCUUUUGGGGGCCCUGCAGCCAGUUCUUGCGCAGUUACGGGCCAACAGCAGUGUGCCGAAGAAGCGUUCUUUGUCCUUUUGCGAGAAGCCCUUCCCAAGCUCGCCGACUUGUUUCGUUUGCAGACACAAACCAUCUUUCGCUUGCUCGACCCGGUGCACGCUGGCCAGGAGCAGGAGGUCGAUCCGGCUGCGCUCGCUGGUGGCGAAGGUAGUGCUGACACUAAACCCGAUCAUGUGGAACAUAAAUCGAGCAACCAGGCAUCGCUUCUGGGCCCUCAAAUGUUAUCGGACGAGAAGCAGGACAAAGACCGCUGGUGCCAGCACGGUGCGCGACUGGAGGAGGGCGAUGAAAGCUCCUCCGAGGGUACGACAGCAACAAUUGACCAGAAGGUCAAUGACAUGAGCAUUGAAUCUCAAUCCGCCUCUUGUUUUUCGAAACAGCAGGAUGCUAGUACCAGUACCAUGACACUGCGCGACGACACCGGUCAGCCUGUCAGUUGCGUGUAUCGGAUGAAGCCGGAUCCUGUCGUCACGUUGCGGCUCGACGGAGAAUUAAGCGCGGAGUUAGAUCUGAUCAAGCCGUCCUCGUUCUUCGGCGGAACUGUUGCUCAUUCGGCGCCGCGCCGAACGUCGACUCUGACGACGCACAGUGUCGGCGAAAGUCAGCGAAAGGACAACCACCGUGUCGCCUUGGCCGGCUUACUUCGAAGGUACCAAGAUGGUAUCACGCACCACGCCACGUGUGCGGUCCCCCGCUUGACUUUACAGUCCGGAUCUCAUCGAUCAGCAGCGGGAAGCCGCAGCUUUUCUCCUUCGAAGAGCUUGUUUGUCGGGUCUAGUGAUGAAGGUACGGCCGUGGGAAAGCCUCGUCCUUUCACUUGGGGCCCGGAUCCAGAACUCACUGUUGAGCAUGCGGAAACGAUUCCGACCUCGAGACAGGAGGAAGCAGGCAGUGAUAGUGCAGUGUCGCCGUUCAGGUUCGGGUUGCCGGGCGCUUUAUCUUCGAGCGCGUACAACGAUUUUCGGUCAGCGAAACACGCUGCCACCACCGCGUUCACAUUAUCCACGCACUCCCAGCAAGACGAAAAGCAGUACAAGGAGAAUGUCCGCCUCGUGCGCUUGAUGGACGAGCGCCGGUGGGCGAACCAGCCAGAUGCAAUAAACAAGACAAACAGUGACGCCUGCGUGGCGCUGUUCCAGGCUGGUAGAGCGGUCUUGCAAGAGAGACGUGAGCUGCUGACGGAGACAGGAGCGACUCUCCCCCGCGUCCUGCUGCUCUCGACUCGCCAUCAGCAAGAACAGGUCGCUUCGGUCGUCCGCAGUAAAAAGCGAGGCGACAUGCAGGUCCUAGUGCCACGGGUUCUGGAUGCCAGACAGAUAUUUUCCAGUGCGUCGUUCGACAUUUGCGCCAGAAGUGGAGGCUCGCGCGAGGAUGUAGUAAUGUCACGGCGCGAAAGUGCCAGCAGGUGUGGCGUAAACAGCCACGAGGGCGGCUGCAGGUCACGCUCGUACCACCUACGAUCUGCGGUACUGCACCGAUCUGGUGCUGACGGCGGAAUGGCGCACUACCGUGCCGCGACUUUCACCGAUACAGCAAACCUCUCGCUGCGGUCAGAGGGCAGCCUAGCCUCCGCGCCUCGCACUUUAGAAGAGUAUACUCAUUUUUAUGACGAUGCUGUCGCGAGAACCGUGCGCACGACUAUGAGCAGUCACGUUGACUCGCACACGCCAGCAGCUGCUGCUUCCAUACAAAGGGGAAGUGACGCUGUCGACGAGCUCCGUGAAACCAUUCAACGCGAAGGGAUAUUCUGGCUGUACGAAUUAGUAGAUGGGGAAGAGGACGUUGCCAACGAACAUCAAGCUGAGAUUCCAGUUUCACACCAAACACACAAAAAAGGCGAGACGGGAGCUGCGGCGGACCAUACCGCCCGCACAAAGCUGUCUACCGUGACGGUGACCACUACGGAUAUUGUAAAGCAAGAGACUACCUCUCAUGGGACUGCAAGAGCGGCAUUCUUUCUAGAGCAUGCGCCUGCGUCCGAGAGCGCCAGCGGUAUGCUUGCCGGUUCUGGCACGACGAUUCCAUCUCGCGGAGGGGUCAACAACAAGGCUGUUGGUGACAUUGGCCGCGAAGGCCUCUUUGGCUUCUUCGCUGAAAGAGCUUCUACUUCCUCGGUAGUUCUGGACCCUGCGGCUGCGAGCGACCCGCGGCUAGUAAAAACCUCGAAUGGGUGCAAUAAAGAUGAGCGGCGUUGGGUGGAUUUUUGUCCCCAUGAAGAUGACUCCGGGGGAGCACUGUCCGACUCGGACGCCACGCAGCCGGAGCGCCUUGGAAAAGCAGGCGGUGCGCGCGGUGUCCGGGGGCAUGCGCCCACUCGACCACCGCCAGCACGGGGACGACCGGCGGCAUUCAUGCCCCCGACGAGCAGUACGGUUGCACACCCCGGCACGGAAGUUACAGGCCACCCUGCCCCCUUGACGGCGGAAACUCUAUCCCUGUUGACACGACAAAUGCCUCUCCAGCACCGGAAUGUCCGGCUCUGUUGUUCACCAACCUCAAGCGCUGGUGAUGGUGUGAGUGAAGCAGCCUCGUGUCGGGGUUCAUUUUGUUUUGGAAGCGGUGGCUCAGACGCCGAUUCUGAAGCCGGUGAUUCCCAGGCUGGAGAUGAAGGCGGAAACAGCAGCGGUAGCAUCAGUGAGGACGAAGCACUCCGGCGUGCGAUUGCGGAGUCUCUUAAGGAAGUAGAUCAAGGGACCACACCUACUGCGUCGCCGAACGAGACAAGGGCCACCUAUCGACCACCAGAUGAUGGCACGGGUGAUCAUGUUGAGCUGCUGCCACGAGCAGCCACAUCACGACAUGGGUCGUCAGGUUCAGCAGCCGCAGUUCCAAGCGGCGUCGUUGUUCCUCCAGCGGUUAGUACUGACCACACACCAGCAACACCGCGCGAUGAGCACGGGGAGCAGGGGUCUCAGCCGCGACGCCGGCUGAGGCCCUUACGCGAAUUAUUCGUCGAGACCCCGCACCACCAGCGCGAAUUUCCUAACAUGACACCACGAGGCGCGCAGAAUAUUUUCAAGUCGUUUGACCCCUCUCAACUAGGUGGUUGA